AUGGAUACUAUCCCGAGACAGAAUGGAGUCAAAAGGAAAAUGGCCGCUAAGCUGUUCAACAUCAAGAAGAAUUUUGAAAAGCUAAAUGGGUUGGCAUGGCUGAAACAACACAGAAAUCUAGCCUCUGCCAUUGACAUCGUUGACUUUCCAAACUCAAAUAAAGAUAUCUCUUCUGCUUCGAUCAUGGGAUCUGGAUACAUCCCUCUUCACGAUAUUCUCUAUCAGAAAGCACAUCCUAGUAGUUUUAUGGAACAACUAAAAGCUGGGGCUAUAGAAAGUGAUGCUAGAAGUUGGAAUAGCAGCACCAGAUCAAGCAGAAUUCAAGUUUAUCAACCGGAGCCAUCAGCAAUUUUUGCUGUCCAUGAAGUGUUCGUAUGUUCAGUUCAGGAAGUUGAAUUCUUAGAAGAAUAUGUCACAAUAGUUUCUCAGACAUCUUCAAGUUCGAACGCCAACGAAAUUAUUAGCCAGUGA